AUGAGCUGCUUGGAUUGGAGUUGUGUCCAGCGUCAGCGGGCCACCGGCUGGGGCGUACGGAGGGGAAGCUGUGCGGGCUUCUGGCCGUGGGUGAGUGAACUGACCCUUGUCGGCCUACUUCUGCAGCGAGACGGCAAGUUUAGGGAGGACUGUCCGCAGGAUCGCGAGGAACUCGGCCGCCAUAGCUGGGCUGUCCUCCACACCCUAGCCGCCUACUACCCCGACCUGCCCACCCCAGAACAGCAGCAAGACAUGGCCCAGUUCAUACAUUUAUUUUCCAAGUUUUACCCGUGUGAGGAGUGUGCCGAAGACCUAAGGAACAGGAUAUGCAGGAACCAACCAGACACACGCACUCGUGCCUGCUUCACCCAGUGGCUGUGCCGCCUGCACAAUGAGGUGAAUCGCAAGCUGGGCAAGCCUGACUUCGACUGCUCCAAAGUGGACGAGCGCUGGCGUGACGGCUGGAAGGACGGCUCCUGUGACUAGAGGAUGGCCUGGCUGGAGAGGGGCAGGGCACUCAUUAAAGUGCAUCAGAGCCAGAGCCUGUUGUGUGUGUCGGGUGGUCCCCUGCCCCUCUCAGGUUUGGAGAAGUGGAGGUGCCCACUGAGGCCCUGUGGGUUACAGGGGAGGGAGAUGGGGGCAGUCCAGGCUGCCCCUUGCCAUUCAGGAUAUGGCCUCCUGCUCACCCCGCACCCUGGCACUAGUUCCUCACACAGGAAGAUGAUGGGUCUGCUGGCCAGGCCAGCCCGCUGGGAAGCUGGGUUUGCCUGCAGUGCCCUGACCCCAGUAGCCUUGUGCUGUUCCCUUCAGGAAUGAGGCCUGGGGCUGUGUUUCUACUCUGCCCAGUUCCUACAGGGAAAGCAACCUCAGAGUGUCCACUAACCAUGCUGCACACUCCCUGCUUGGCACAUGGCCUUCCAUAGCUGUGCCGUUCAGUCAGCAGGGCAUUCAUGGAGUCUGAGACCGAAAUAAAACACUGGAGAAGUGACUGA